AGACAGGUAGAGGAGAAGAAACUGUAUGAUGAGAGUUUUAAUGUCUAUGGAGGAGACAGUAAAGUAGAAUGGCGUCUCGUCAGCAGUGUGUUUAUGAUGGUUGUUGACAAUGACAGCCUUGGGGACUCUUGCCGCGUUGAAAACAACUGGGAACUCGGGAAAAAACGAGGUCAAAUCAUGAUCUUCAGGUUGUAAAGUCGGAGCUCCAGCAAGUGGCCCGAGUUGGAAUUCCGAGAUUGAUGACCGUUCAAAUCUAUUUUUCAGUCGUUUUUUCCGAGUUUUCAGUUGUUUUUAACACGGAAUUUGUCUCUGACCAAGCAAUGACCAGUACGUCUGAAUCGGCCGCUUUGUCUACUUCGUCCCAUCUCCGCGAAAGAAGCUUCUGAUUGGAUGUCCAGAAUGUUGCUUUGACUCUCCAUUAAUUCAACCCUUGGAAUGUCUUAUAUGAGAAGAUUAGGUCGUUUGCAUGCAUAGGCCUACCGUGCGGUUGAAUUUCAAUGAUAAUUGUCAAGAUUUGUUUAAGGGCACACUACGCCACUGUUAUCACUGAAUUGCCUGUAUAAUGAUAUAUUAAAAGUAUGACUCUUAUCAUUAGAUGUAUUGGUGGUAUGAAGUUGGCCUUUUUGGUAUUCAUGUAGCCAUGCUGUGUAGACUAAUCUUCAUGGAAUAGAGCCAGGGAGUUCAUUUAGGCCUGUAGGACAAUUAUGCACUUGUGGGUCCUGUAAUAAAUACUUUUUCAAUAGCCUAUAUUUAAAUGGUCUAUUUUCUCGCAAUAAAACCAGCAGUAUGCAUUUGUAAAUUUACAUAUUUAAAGGCUCGGGAGAAAAUGAAGAACAUAUACUUAGUUCCUGAAAGUACAGUAGGUAUUUUUGUAACAAUGUAUUAGGUGUAUUUCUUAAUGUAUCCACUUGGUGGCAGUAAGCUGGCUUUAUGAAAGGGAUUUGUCCGACCGCCAUAGAAAGCUGCGCUUCCGGUAGUAAGCUACCAAAGCUUCAUAACAUCACGUUAUCAGUUGGAUACAGACAGGUCAGCUAAAAUAUUUCCACUCACGUUUGAAGUCUGUACAUCGGUUUUAUGUGCCAUGUUUUUGACGCUGCACGGAGGACACUGAUCAUAGUUGAACAAAAGUCCAAUCGUUCUCCCGGGUCGUUUCAGUAUGUUGUGCGGGGCUGUGGUUGUCAACAGUGGGCAGAGGGUGUUGCGGUACCUCAGUGUAGUGCGGUUUGUAACCCAGUUCGGUACACGUACUAACGUCACCUACAUACAAGGCCAGAGCCCCGAACCGCGCAUUCGGGAAUACUUCUACUACAUUGACCACCAAGGGCAGCUGUUCCUUGAUGACACUAAAGUGAAAAACUUUGUCACGUGUUUCAAAGAUACGCACUUCCUGGUGUUCUUCUUCACUCGUCUCCGUAGGAACGAGAGUGGGCGGUACCAGGAUGACUUCCCCUUCCUGUCCCUGUGUGGCCGCGAGAGAAACUUCCUGCGCUGUGACGACCGUCCGCUGGUGUUCACCCACUUGAUGCCCGCCGCUGGGGGUAUAGUCAAUCAACCAAUCAGGACAGAGACCGCUGGGGGUACGUUGACAGAUGUGAGGACAGGAGGAGCCCCAGAGCUACUGUCGUUCUGUUGGGGCGGUGACAAGCUGGCCGUCAAGUUCCGUCCAAAGUCUCUCUACAUGCAUCCUGGGACUGGGCGUGUCUACCACCCCUGCUCUGAGCGCCUGGGGGGCGUCGGCUUGGUGCGCUCCGCCCUCGCCAUAGAGCUCAGCCCCUUCUUUCUGUACCCACUUCAACAACACCAAUCAGAACAGCCCACACACUUCUUGUGGGCGGGACAACAGCACACACUGACUAAUGAACUGGCAGGAUGUUUCCCCCCUGAAGAGGAGGGAGGGAUGAGCUGAUCAGAAUAACACUGCUGCAGAAGAUGAAUACCCGAAAGUUGCCAAUUGAAAGGCAAUAUAUAGAGUGGAUAUGAUGGUUAUGUUCCAAAUGGCACCCUAUUCCCUAUAUAGUGUACUACUUUUGACCAGAGUAGAUAGGGCGCUGUUCAAAAGUAGUGAACUUUGUAGGGUAUAGGGUGCCAUUUGGGAUGUAGACGACGAGUGGUUAUGUAUAUUUGUUACAUUACUAUCUGUGAUAUUCAGAACAAUGCACAUCAUUAAUCAAAACGGUAAUUAUAAUUUGGCCCAAACGGGUCUUGAGCAUGCAAAUUCUAACAGUCAGAAAAUGCUAAUAAUCAAGUUCCUCCUAUUGGACAAAUUCAAGUUGUACCCAUUAAUUUAGAAACAUUUUGCAUCUGAGAGCCCUCUGGUCACAAUACUAUGUAGGGAGUAUUGUGCCAUUUGGGAUGCAACCUCAGCUGUUUAUCUACUAAUAGCUGAUGUGCCAGUAGGUUCUGUAGAUAGUGGACAAACUUUUGCUAUAAGAGUACCCAUGGGUCCUCUGCUUCGAGAAUAAAAACCUCUAGAGGGAACCCUUGCAUUUGUAUUGACUGGAUAAGGAUGAGACAUAUUUUUAUGAUAAUUAAAAUGCAUCGGCACACA